GUUAUCUCUCUCCAAUUUCUUUCUUUUUUAUCCCAAUUUUCUCACAUAAUUUUAGUGUCGAGCCCAAUUUCAUUGCAAUAUUUUAAUUAAAAUAUUCGACCAACUACUUAGGAUGCAUUUUAAAAAGUUGCGCUCGCUCAAGUGUGUACAAAGUAUUAAUUCUUAGUUUUUUGUACUCUUAAAUGUGCUGUUCGGUUUGUUCCUAAGUUAAAAUGGACAGUGUUCAUGUUUCAAAUCAUGAGGAGAUAGGUAAAAAUGUGAUUUCAAUAGGGAUAACACCUGGAAAACUUUCUCAGGUGCCAGAAAAUUUCCCUAACAAUAUCCACCCUAAUCCCACUUUGGCAGAGGACCUAAGAAAUUUGACUGUUCAGGAUGAUUCGGUCAAAAGUAAGAAGCACACAUCGCAGGCGCACGCAAGUCAUAACGGUGUAGCUCAUGCAAUUAAUUUUGUACCUGAUGAAAAACACAGGAGUAGUUCAAGCCAUCCAAUGGAUGAUAUUAAUGUAGAAAAAUCUAGUCAAUACCAAUCUUGUUCAGAAGAUGCAGAAGACACCAUGCAUGCAUCUGUUUGUAAUUGUGAAGAAAAUCACAAUAACGUAGAAUCAGAAAACUGUGUGGAAGUUCUUAGGGGCAUUUCAGAUGGCUGCCCAGUUGAAGUGAAAGAAGUAUCGGAUGACUCUUCAGACAUUAGAUAUGUUCUCUAUGAGUCGGAGCUGCAAAUGCCGGACAUCAUGCGAUUAAUCCAAAAAGACCUGUCCGAACCUUAUUCUAUCUACACCUAUAGAUAUUUUAUUCAUAAUUGGCCCAACCUCUGCUUUCUGGCAAUGCACAAAACAGAAUGUGUCGGAGCAAUAGUUUGUAAAUUAGACAUGCAUCGGAAAGUGGUUAAAAGAGGCUAUAUUGCUAUGUUAGCUGUUGAUGAAAAAUAUAGAAAAAGAAAAAUAGGUUCCAAUUUGGUAUUGAAAGCUAUCAAAGCAAUGGUUGCCGAUAUGGCGGAUGAGGUUGUUCUAGAAACGGAAAUAACCAAUCAAUCUGCCUUAAGGUUGUAUGAAAAUCUUGGAUUUGUCCGGGACAAGCGAUUAUUUCGAUACUAUUUAAAUGGUGUAGACGCCCUUCGAUUGAAACUCUGGCUCAGAUGAAUGUUGCUUACUUACCUGCUUUCUCUAUUUAUUUUUUUUCCCUCUUCAUCUGUUUUUUUUUUCUUUUUUGUGUAGGAAAUCCUCUUUUUUUGCUAACACCCCCUAAAAACUAUUUUUUUUUACCAAAAUUUCAUUUAAUUUAAUUUUUACCUCCCUGAGGGGAGAACGAACUGUACAUUAUUGUAAUCUAUUUUUCAAUUACAAUCUUAGGUUGUUUUUAAUCCUCUGAAAAUUAUUAACUUGAUUUCCUUGACGUUGGAAUUAAAUGAGAACUCCUCUCUUGUAUUUCUAGCAAGAGAGGAAAAAUUCUGUUGUAAAAACUCUAAGUCAUUUUACCUUAAUUUAAUUAUAAGUAUUGAUUUCAAGAAGAGAGGGUGUGGAAAUAAAUGUUCGUUGUGUCACCCUGGA